AUGAACGCUUUAUUAAUUUUGUCAGCGCUUGCUGCUGUACUUGUUGCAGAUAAUAGUAGCGGAUGCGACAAGCCACUUCCUGACGGUGUCCUUCCAAGCGAAUCUACAAGUCUAACCAUUGAUAGCAAAAGCGGCGUCACACCUCGUGGGUAUCGCCUACAUAUCCCCACAUCAUACGAAAGCAACACUCCUGUCCCACUGAUAUUAUCGUUCCAUGGCCGAGGCAAAACUGCCGAAUAUCAGGAAGCUUUGAGUCAAUUCUCCAACGCGAGCUAUGGAUUUGAAGGUGUUGCAGUGUAUCCUGAGGGAGUGCCGAACAAAAAGGGGACUCAGCAAUUCCAGGGCGACCCUGAUGCUCCGGAAUCUAUUGACGAUGUGGCGUUUGCCUUGGAGCUGCUGGAUCACCUUGAAACGACAUACUGUAUCGAUACUUCUCGCAUUUAUGCAACUGGAAAGUCAAAUGGCGGUGGCUUUACCGGCAUUCUUGCAUGUGACGCCGAAGCAACAAAGCGCAUCGCAGCUUUUGCUCCGGUAUCAGGUGCUUUUUACCUCGAUGCAAAUCAGCAACCGCCACCUUGUAACCCCAGUCGUAAACCCGUCCCGUUAAUGGAGUUUCAUGGCUACCGUGAUACUACAAUUCCAUAUAAAGGCGGGAUCAACACGCGCGGCAAUGCAAACAGCUCAGACAUUGUCACAUACGUGAAUGACUGGGCGCAGCGCAAUGGAUACGAUGCGCUUGUCAAUGCGACUACAUACCUGUGCGAUGGAGAGCGAAAGGUGAUGAGGCAUAGCUGGGACGAUGUAGUCGUGCAUUACAACUACACCAACAUCGGGCAUGAUUGGCCCAGCUCCUUUCCAAAUGGCGAUACAGCUGACCUGUUGACAUGUGAGGAAGCGGAGGCAACAUCUAUUAUCCUUGAAUGGUUCCAAAAGUGGACCAUCUGA